AUGAAAGCUUAUGAGCAAAUCAAAGUCCUUGGAGAAGGUGGAUUUGCCAAAGCUUUUCUAGUGAAGAGGAAAACUGAUAGACUAUUGUGUGUUGCAAAAUCAGUAAAAUUAUCAGGUUUAUCUGAAAAAGAGAAGAAAGAAGCCAUUUCAGAAGUCAAUGUUUUGUCAGCACUCAAGCAUCCAAACAUUGUUCGAUAUAUCGAAAGUUUCAAUGAAAGCGGAUUUUUGUAUAUUAUCAUGGAAUACGCCGACGGUGGCGAUUUAUCACAGAAAAUCGAGAAGAAUGGACGUAAAUCAUUUUCAGAAGACGAAGUAUUAAGAAUAUUUACUCAAUUAGCACUUGCAAUUAAAUAUAUUCACGAUAGAAAAAUUUUACAUCGAGAUUUGAAAGGGCAGAAUGUAUUUCUUAUGAAGGACGGCUCUGUUAAACUCGGUGAUUUUGGUAUUGCUAAAGUAUUAGAUCAUACUAUGCAAUUUUAUAACACACAGAUAGGAACUCCUUAUUAUUUAUCACCAGAAAUGUGUCAAGGGAAAAACUACAACUCUAAAACAGACAUCUGGUCAUUCGGAUGUAUCAUGUACGAGAUGUGUACUUUGCAUCAUGCAUUUGAAGGUCGAAAUAUCAACAAUUUGUUGUUCAAUAUAGUUCGAGGUAACAUAACACCAAUUAGUACCCAAUAUUCAGCAGACUUACGUAAUCUUAUCAACUCAAUGCUCUCUAAAGAUCCAAAAUUAAGACCAACAGCUACAGAAAUCGUUAAGAAACCAAUAAUUCGUAACAGACUUACUACAUAUUUAUCAGAGUUCCAAGUUAACAAUGAGAUGUCACAUACAGUUCUUCAUGGAAUGAAUCCAUUGAAACAAAAUUUAAAUUUCGAAGAACCAAUGAAAGCAAUUCCAGAAACGCCGGUUGAUAAACCAGACAUAAGACAACAAGAGAAAGAAUUGGAACUUCUUAAACAAAAAGAAAAAGAAAGAGAAAGAUUAAGAGAAGAAGAAGAAAAGCGAAUGAAACAAUACAAAGAAAUUGAAGAAAAAGAAAGAUUAAGGGAAGAACGAAGGAAUAAACCAAUGACAGAAAUAGCUAAAGCCAGACAAGAAGAUUCAAGACAAGCAGCUUUAGACAGAGAAGAAAAAUAUCGACAAAAGAUGGCCAAAUUCGCAAAUAAAAAUCAAAAUCAGAAUCAAAACUAUGGAAAUCGAUAUGUCAAUGAUCCACAACCAAAGUCACCUUACAAUGUAAAUCCUUCACCUCGAUACGAUAAUCAAACACAAAUCAACAAAAACCAACAGAAUGUUUAUGCAAAUAAAUAUGAUAAACCUUCUCCAAGUUAUGAAAAUCAAAAUAACAAAAAAGCAUCCCCUGUUUCCGAACAACCUGUAAAAUCACCAGCAUAUAGACAAUUUCCUCUUCGAUCUCCUGCACAAGAAAAAGUUAAUGACAAUCAACAACAAAAUCGUCAUUAUUCACCAGAAGCACAAGUUUAUAAUGCAGUUAAUCGACCAUUGAAUUCAGAAGAACGAAGACGGCUUGAACUUAUCAAAGCACAAGAAGAAAACGCUCGAAUGGCACAAGAAAAGCGAUCACGUGAAGAACAAGAAAAACUUCGAGAACUUGAACUUGAACGCGAAGCAGAAAUUCAACGUGAACAGAUUUAUCAGCGACAACAACGAAAGUAUCAUCCUGUUGAAAAACCAAUUAACAAAUACGAUCCAAUCGAAGAACAAAGAAAGAAACUUGAACAAGAAAAAGCAGAAGAAGAACGAAAAAGGAAAGAAAGAAUCGAAUACGAAAAAGAAAAAAAUCGUAUGCGAAAAGAUUACGAAAACAAAGAGAGACAGAAACAAAUUGAACUUGCGAAAGCACAAGAACAAGCUCGACAAGCAUGGAUCGAAGCACAAGAAGAAGCUAAACGAUUGAAGAAAGAAGCGAACGAAAAGAAGCGUAAAGAAGCAGAAGAAUAUCAAAAGAAAAUUGAACUCGAGAAACAACAAAGGGAAAAAGAGAAAUUACUUCGUCAACAAUCAGAGAAAGAACAAGAAGCUAAAUAUUAUCAAAUGCAACUUCAAUACGAAGAAGAGAAAGAAAAUAAAGCGCGACAACUUCGUGAACAAAAGCAGAAAGAAAUUGCAGAACGACAAGAACAACAAGAACGACUUCGUAAACAACUUGAAGAAAACGAAAGAAUUAAACGCGAAGAAGACAACCAAAGAUUACUAAGAAAACAAAUUGAAGAAAAAGAAAAACUGAAACGAGAAGAAGAAAAUCAAAGAAUUUUAAGAAAACAAGAAGAAGAAAAUGAGCGUAUUAAAUUAUUGCUAAAGAAACAAAAGGAAGAAAAUGAGAGAUUCGAACGAGAACAAGAAGAAAGAAGACAAAUGAAAAUCAAACGAAGGAAAGAAGAAAUAUUAGAAAAAGAAAAUCAAAUUAAUGUCAAAUUUUACAAUGAUAAUGAAAAUAAUAAUGAGAAUUAUAAUAAAAAUUAUAAUGAAAGACGUAACAAAAUUCAAAGUGAUGAUAGUGAUAGAAAGCGAUUAUAUCAAGAUGAACACGAAAGACUAAGGAGGGAAGAAGAUGAGAGAAUGAAGAGACAAAGGAUCGAAGACAGACAACAAGAAGAAUCUCAUCGAAUCAUGAAUCAAAUUCAAAAACUUCAAGAUCUGCAAAAGUUACCAAUUCAAAUGCACAGUGAUCCCGACUCCGCUCCAAGCAGAUACAGAAAACCACAAAUCGCAAUUGGUCUUAAACCAAAAGUAUCUCAACUAUCAGUCGACAAGAAUCAACGACAUUCUAAGAUCAAAGAUUCAUUUUAUGAAGAUUUUAAUGAACGAAAACCAUCAUGGGCUAAAGAACGAAUUAAAAGCGAAGCAGAGUUGUUGCAGCGACAGAUCGAAGAGAAACGAAUUCGACAAAUUGGCGGCAAUGAUAUCAAUAUUGAAGAUGUUCGACAAUUCCAACAACAACGAGCUCAAGAAAUUGAACAAUCAUAUUUAGAUGGAUUGAAUGCUGACAAACAAAUUGACAAUGGUGACUUCAAUGAUUCAGGUCCAUCUAAGUUUUAUGAUGGUGACCGUGAAGUUGAUCUUCCUGUUGCAAAUGACAAUGAUUCUAUGCUUCGUAGAGCAGACAGAAUCAAACGAAUGAUUAUUAAUAAAAUCGGUGAAGAUAAGUUUGUUAAAUUACGAAAAGAGAUGCUUGAUGAAUCACCUCCAUCCGUCAUUCAUCAUACCGAUAUUGUUUCACAAAUGCUUAUGCAACAACUCAUCUGUCUUGAAGACAACAUACCACGAUAA